CGAGGAACAGCCUCAGUCUGACAAAGAAAUGCUAGAAGCCAGAAGGAAUUGAGAAGAAGAGUAAACGCUGGUUUUGAUGAUCACACCACGUUGCCAAACAGCUUUUGUGGAUAUGACGAUAGUUAUUGGCACAGACCAUCCAGAAAUUCUGCAAUAAAAUCACAGCCUUAGUCAGUGAUUUCAACAGUCAGGAUCUGACUCUACAAGACAUCCGUGGAUUUUUCAGAGACAAUAUAUUUCUUGUAUCUUUAUCAAAAUGAAUUCAGACUCGGUUGCAAUGACAGAUCUCAGUGGAAAGAUGCAUAAAACGGAGACGGUGUGCAUCUUUGGAACAGGUGAUUUUGGACGCUCACUGGGGCUUCGUUUACUCCAGUCGGGAUACAGAGUUGUAUAUGGAUCCAGGACCUCUAAAAACUCUCCGCUGUUGCCUAAGGGGUCAAAGGUCAUGACUCAUGCAGAAGCAGCUUGUGAUGCACAUGUGGUAUUCGUGGCUGUGCAGAGGGAGCACUAUAGAUUUUUGAGCUCCCUGGCUUCAAACCUUAAGGGAAAGGUGCUGGUAGACGUCAGCAAUAAUCUCAAGAGGGGUCUGUACCCAGAAUCCAAUGCAGAAUACCUAAGCAAGCUGGUUCCGGAAGCAACGGUAGUCAAAGCCUUCAACACCAUCUCAGCCUGGGCAUUGCAGUCUGGUGGACUAGAUGCAAACAGACAGGUACUUAUCUGUGGAGACCGUGCUGACGCUAAGCAGCAAGUGACGGACAUUGCUCAAAGUCUUGGCUUCACUGCCCUGGACAGAGGCUCUCUCCGAGCGGCUGCUGAAUUAGAAGAUCUGCCCUUGCAGCUCUUUCCUCUCUGGAGACUUCCUUUCAACAUUGCCAUUUGUUUAACAGCUUUCAUAUUCUUCUAUGCGCUCACAAGAGAUGUUAUCUAUGAGCGUGUUACCAAUGGUAAAGACAUCGCUUUUCGCAUUAUGAUCUCGCUGGCCAACAAGACCUUUCCCAUCGUCUCUCUGGUGAUGCUGUCCUUGUGUUAUCUGCCGGGUGCAUUGGCUGGAUUUCUGCAACUUUAUAACGGCACUAAAUACCGUCGCUUCCCUGAUUGGUUGGAUCGCUGGAUGCUGUGUAGAAAACAGCUGGGUCUGUUAGCGCUGGCUUUCGGUUUUCUACAUGUUCUCUACACAUUAGUUAUACCCAUCAGAUAUUAUGUACGCUACAGGAUAAAUGUCUACACUAUAUCACUGGUAAAAGAUAAUAAAACCUAUGAAUUUGACAAUACGGCAGCCUGGCGUAUUGACUCCUACUAUUCCAUGGGAAUUCUUGGAUUUGGGCUGUUUGUCUUAUUAGGAAUUACAUCCCUUCCAUCUGUGAGCAACUCCCUAAACUGGAGGGAGUUCAGUUUUGUACAGUCCAAACUGGGCUACAUUACCCUGCUUCUCUGUACCGCUCACACAUUUCUGUAUGGCUGGGACAAAUUUCUGAAACCUGCAUCAUAUAGGUGGUGGAUGCCUCCAGCAUACAUGCUGUCUCUGGUGGUCCCCUGUGUGGUUCUGAUUCUAAAGCUAAUCCUGAUCACUCCAUGCGUGGACCGCACUGUCACCCAUAUUCGUCAAGGCUGGGAGAGACAGGACAAGACUUCAGGAAAUGGCAUAAAGACAAACCAUCCACUCAUAGCAUAGCCAUCUUUUAACUGUAUGAAAACUGCGUGUUGGACUUUGCCCUGAACUCUUCUGCCGAAAGUGAGUUUAAAAUGUCGCAAUGAAAAAGUGCAGAGAACUAAGAAUUAAUGGAGCAACCGACUUGGGACAACGCACAUUUUUAGGUCUAUAAGAAAGGAAAUAUAUUUCCAGAAUACAACCAUUGUUUAAGCAAAGGAAGUCCAUCACACACAUUUAUUGCUUACUUAUAUUUUGACUGUCCCAAUGACUUUUUUUACAGGUUACAGUGUUCCUCAAGUAGGGGAUGACUACCCGUUUAAUCUGUUUAAAUGAACAAUUUGUUGUAUUUCAUUUAGGAACAAAACAAGUCAUCAUCUUCAUGAACAAAUCUACUGAUUUAUUCAAAACGCUAAUUCAGAAUCAAAAAAACACAUUUACUGCGCAAUGCACAGUUCUGGUUUGAUCUUAUUGACAGGGCCUUAGACUUUAGACCUGAUUUGGACUCAUGACAGCGACUUGAGAACAUAUUUGUUUUAUUGUAAGAAAGCCCAGAUGAGAGCUACAGAGAGCCUCACUACACUAGUGAGCGGCAGUUUCAAAUUGCAGUUAGCCAGCCGUGGGAAAUUCUUUGGAGCUCAUCCUCCAACUCACAUUAUUAUUAUUACAUCUCACAUGAUCUCGCAUUACUCUAUAACCUACAAAUUGGGAAAUACUCACAAAUGCAUAUGUAUGCUUUGACCAUAUAUUCACAGUGCAUAGCAACAUAACCAAUCCAUAUCAUCUGUGUUCAUGUUGGAAAUCAUCUAUACCAUUUAAAGAAUUCAAAGGCAGAAAUUGUGGGGCUUUUAUUAAAGCACACUUUUCUGUAUUGUGUAAAGCACUUGUCUUUUUUAUUACCUGCUUCCUCUGGGCUAUUUCCUCUCAAGAGCCUCCCAGUGGGCUUUUCCCUUUAGAUAUUAUCGAUCCAAAACUGAGCAGCAACUUACUUCUUGAUCUGUCUCUGGGUCUGGGCUUUCCUGUCUGCGGGAAAGCUCAUCUUUCUCUCUCUUGUGAAGUAUAAAGGAGCUGUCAAUCACAUUGGCAUUCACCUUCACUGGUGGAUGGCCCUUUCUGUAUAGUGCUUUUAUGAAGAAUUGCAAGCUGCAAAGAGUGUAGCUUAGACCAAAAUAGAAAGGCUCAUUUUGUGACAAAUAUAACUGAAAAUCUGUGGGCACACCUUUGAAGAAAACUAAUAACUGCACUUAUACAGAACACAACAGAACAACUCUGUUUAUUAAUAAAUAUAGCAUAGCCACAGAUUUUUAUUAUAUUUUUGUAUUAUGUGUAUCAAAUAAAAACUGAAAUGCACAGCA